AUGUCAAUGUCGAUGGAGGCGCUACAGAUGGCCAUGGCGGAUGACGUGGACCAAUGGGAUGCCGCGGACGACCCGCAGGGAACCCUCAGCAUGAUGGCCAUGCUCCUGGGCGGCGGGGAUGCGAGUUUGGGCGGCACAAACGACGUUUUCCUGGGCGGCAGUGACUUUCAUUUGGGCGGCGCGAGUGACAUGCUGUUGGGCGGCACGUCAUUGGAAGAUCUACUGGGUGGCGGUACCCACAGCGGCAGUGGCGGAUGUAUUGGCGGCGGAAUUGGCGGCGGCAUGGUGCACGGCCAAGGCCAGUGCGGCCCCGCGAUGGGAUUCGACAACCGCAUUGCCAGCGUCGCUGCCCAAGGCCAUCUGGACGGAGCUCUUCUCGAGGCGGCUUAUAACGGGACGCCUAUGAUGGGCGCCGGUGCUGAGUAUGAUCAGUAUGCCGGUUUGCCUCGUGGCAACCAUGGGCCCGCCAUUUGCGGUUCAGCUGUUCAGUGGGGCUCUUCGGAGGAGCAAGCACACGACGCCUCGUUUGUGGGACAGAGUAGCCCACCAGCCGAUCGGAAGCCCGAGUGGAGGGCGCUGGUGGUGCAGUCAAGUGACUAUAAGGGGGGCAAGGGCGGCCGCCAGGGCGGCGCUCAGCUGCUUCAGAUGCCGCCCGGGUUGCGCCUUGCGCCGCCCGUGCCUGCGCUUGCGACUGCUGCUGUUGGAAACUCCGCCGUUGCCGCUUCUGCCACUGCUGGUUCAAAUGCUGCGGCAUUUGAGAAUUCUAAGAUAUUGCCUGGCACGGCUACUCACCCACACGUGCGCGGCACGGCUGCAGUGCCUGGCACGGCUGCAGUGCCUGGCACAGCGGCUCUCCCAGACAAGCGCGGCAACGGUUAUGUGAACACGAGUGCGCGCAUGCGGCUGCCACGGGCCAGCACUGCGCCCGCGAAUGCGGCUCCUCUGGACAGCGCAGCAGCAGCAGUGGCUGCAGCGGCGGAAGUGGGGAACGAACACUUUCUUCUUGACAGCAGCGGCGGUGCUGUGAGCAGUGGCAUGUGGCGCAGCCACAGCAGCACCAGCCGGAGCAGGCCGGUCGCUGUUUGGGCGAGUGAGGCGGGAGUGAGUGGCGCAGCGGAGGGGGAACGGGCGCCCGCUGCAUUGAGCGGUUUGCUGGAGUGCCCGGGGGAGCUGCAGUCAAUUGAGGGCGCUGCUGCUGCCUUUGGCACCGCUGCUGGCGCUGCUGCUGCUGCCGAUGCUGGUGCUGGCAAUGCUGGUGGUGGUGGUGGUGGAAGUGAGAGUGCAGCACGAGCCGGGAUGCGCAAGAGUCGCAGCAGCAGCAGUGCCAGGCCUCGUGUCACUCAACUGGGCCCACGGGGAGGCGGCAAACGAGCAACAGCCGGCACGGGCAUGAACCGAAGCCGCAGCAGCCACGUGCUGCUCACCACCCCUGCCGCCACCACUUCUGCUACCGCCAUUCCUGACCCUGCCGCUCCUCCUUUCCACUCUCCUCCUCUUCCUGCUUCUGCGGCGGCCACUGCUGGUGGCAGCAUUGGUGGAGUGCAGAAGAGUGGCGAGGCACGCCCUGGCUCACCAGAGUGGGAUCUUCCAUCCUUCCAGCGGGAGAACCAGGCCCUGGCUCAGGCACUGCUGCACGAUGCUGACCUCGGCUUCUCACCUCCUUCCCAAACUGCUGCUGCUGCUGCUGCUGCUGCUGCUGCUGCUGCUGCUGCUGCUGCUGGUAGUGCUGGUGCUGUUGGUGGUGGUGCUGCUGCUGUGGGCUCAUAUGACGUCAGCAGAAGCAUGAGCGGAGGAGGGGCGACAGGCGCCGGGAUGAGCAGCUGCAGCCUGGGCGGCGAGACAAGCUUGGGUGGCACCAGCAUUUGCGGCACGAGCCUGGGCGCGGGCACGAGCAUGGGCGGCGGGACAAGCAUGGGCGGCGGGACAAGCACGGGCGGCGGGGCGGCGACGGGCGGCGACAGCAGCGACCCGGAGGAGCAAGGGUUGGCGAAGGGCACGUGGUUACCGGAGGAGGACGGCGUGCUGAUGGAGUAUGUGCGCUGCCACGGCCCGUGCAACUGGGGCGCACUCAGAGCCAGAGGGCUGCUCAGACGCUCGGGCAAGAGCUGCCGAUUGCGAUGGGUCAACCAGCUGAAGCCCGGCCUGCAGAGGUAUGGAGGCAAGGGGUGCAAGCGGUUCAGCGAGGCGGAAGCAAGUGUGGUGAUGGCGCUGCAGCGCGCCGUGGGCAACAAGUGGGCGCACAUCGCCCGCCACCUGCCCGGCCGCACGGACAACGAUGUAAAGAACUUCUGGAACCUGCACCUCAAGCGCCAGGCCCGCCUGCGCGCUCGGGGGGGAGGGGCGCGCCUUGGCGAGGAUGGGGAUGGGGAUGGGGGUGAGCGAGAUGGUGGUAACCAAGACAGUGGUAACCACAUUGGUAACCAGAGUGAAGAAGACCAUAAGGGUGAGAAGCGGGGGAGCGGUGAAAAUGGUGAUGGGGGCCGCGACAGCACCUUGAACAGUGGCAGCCCAGAGCAUGAGGGUGGGAUGGCAGCGAGCGAGGGUGGGACUCCUGGGGCCCAUGAGGACGUUGCAUGGACCAAUCACAUGGCAGGUACCGAUCCACUCCUCCCGCGCGCCCGCCCUUCUUCCUCCUCCGGGCGGCCUCUGUCGGCCGGCAGCCGCCCGUCUUCCUCAUCCGGGCGGCAGUCAAAGCUAUCGCUGCACCAGAGGCGUCUGCAGCGGAACUCCUCUGGUGGAGGUGGCAGCGGCCUUGGCGCAACUGGCGCUGGUGGUGGGGGGGGAUGUGCACGCUGUGCUGGUUGCCGCAAUGCCGCCGGUAACAACAACGGGGUUGACAGCAUGACCGGCACUGGUGCUGUCGCUGCUGCCGCCGCCGCUGCCGGUGCGGUGGGGAGUGGCGAUGAGGAUCAGGCACCAGGGAGUCCCACGGAGGGCGGAGGGGGAGCGGGGGAAGCCAUGGACGUGGCGGGCGCGGGGAGCAGCCUCUCUGCUCUCAAGAUAGGUGCGCCUCUCAAGAUAGGUGCGCCUCUCAAGAUAGGUGCGCCUCUCAAGAUAGGUGCGCCUCUCAAGAUAGGUGCGCCUCUCAAGAUAGGCGAGCCCAACGCGCAGCUGAAUACGCUGAUCAACCUAGAGGAUUGGAUCAACUCCCCUUCACCCGCUGCUGCUGCUCCCCCUCGCCGUACGGGCUGCUCGCCCUUCUACAUCAACCUCUCCCCCUCCGCCCGCCGCCUCCGCUCCCCCGGCUCCCCCUCCCCCCGCUCCCUCUACCUCCGCUCCCCCUCCCCCCGCGCCCUCGCCUCCCCCCGCGCCCUCCCCUCCCCCCGUCACCGCGCCUCCCCAGCCCACCGGGUCUUCCCCCACCCUCCCCCGCACCCCUCGUCCCGCCACUCCCCCCUCUCGUCCUCCCCAUCCCGUCACAACAACCACUCGGGUUCCCAGCCCUCCCCUCUCUCCUCGUCUUCCCCUCGGCCCCCCUCACGGCCUCGGCACCCGCUCUCCUCCUCCUCCUUCUCGCCCUCUCACCCCACCGGCCAUCGCUCUCUGAGAAAGCACGUGGUUGGAGCAGAGGAAAGGGAGGAGGGUGAUCAUGUGAAGCAGCAGGGCCAGGAAGGCAGUGAGGAAAGAAGGCAGGAGACAGAGAGAAGACAGUUCCAUGAGGAAAAGCAGGGGCAGGAGGAAAAGCAUGGGCAGGAAAAUCAACCUAGGGGAAUUCAAGCAGCAGAGGGAGAGGUUCCGCAGGGGACCAGCCUGGCCAGUUACAGGGUGCCACGUGGCAAGGGGCUGCUGCAGCUUCCCAAUCAAAGAAAGCCAGCCGCACACAGUGGCUCACUGGCCUCUGCCCUGGAGCCACUUCAGCAUGAGAUUAUGCCACAUCAGGAGGAAAUUCUGCCAAGUCAGCAGCUUCAGCCCAUUCAGAUGGAAUCUAGCUGGCAUAAUCCCGAGCUCGUUCACGAACCCGCAGGAAACCCUGUUGCCGAGCCUCUUGUGGAGCCUCUUGCCGAGCCUACUGCCGAGCCUAUGGCUGGAGGCAUGACCAGCAGCCCCAGUGCGAGCCUCAAGGCGAAUGCAGGCGUGCAUGGGAUCCGCGUGUGGCAUUUGGGUGCGCCUGCUGCCGCCCUCGUGCCGCCCGUUAUUGAUGUCUCGGUUGCUGCUGCCGCCCAUGUGGGCAUGGGGCAGUCUGGGGAUGCUGGUGGGGUGAUAGAGUACCACUGGGCGCCAUCCGCGCCUUUCAUCGAUCUUUCUUCCGGUCCCCUCUCUGUUGCGUCUGCUCCCAUCUUUCCUCGCGGAUCGUCCUUGCGCAAUAGAGCAUUCCAAACUGCUAGGGUUCUUGACUCGUCCUCCCACAGCCAAUUCCCCACAUUCUCUUUCCCAAACCCUCGUCUCCCCAUCCCCCAACCCCCCGCUUCCGCGGAUCCUGCGCGCGCGCGCGGCAGGUUGGACAAGACGCGCAUGUUCGUGGUGGGCGCGGGGCUCUUCAGCGGACUGACCGUUGCGCUCUACCCGCUCUCCGUCAUCAAAACGCGCCUCCAGGUCUCUCCGCUCCCGCUCUCCGCCGCCCAUGCCGCCCCCGCUUCCGCUCCCCCUUCCUCUUCCGCUUCCGCUUCUGCUUCCCCCGGAGCGGGCGCGCCUGCUGCUCCCGCAAGGCCUGCGGCGCAAGCAGCGGGCAAUGCAGGGCUGGCGGGAGCAAGCGGGGUGGCGGGUUCGGGGGGAACGGGAGCAUCCCGGGCGGUGGAGGGGGCGGGAGCGGAAGCCCGCGUUAGUGGGAAUGGCGCGGCGACAGCAGCGGGCACUGCAAGAACAGGCGGAGACAAAAGGGCAACUACAGGUGCAGCAGCUGUAACACCAGUCACACGGGUCACACCAGGAACAACUGGAACAGCGGUGAGUGGAGCAACAGCUGCAGCAGGCGGAGCAACGGGGGGAGCAGCAGGCGGAGCAACGGGGGGAGCAACAGGGAGAGCAGCUUCAGCAGGAGGGGCAGCGCGGGCAGCGGCGGGGGGCAGGGGCCCGUCCUCCGUGAGCCUAGCGGUGGGCAUGGCGCGGCACAUAGCGCGCACGGAGGGCGUGAGGGGGUUCUUCCGCGGCAUGGGGACUGUGGUGGCGGGUAUGCUCCCCGGGCGGAUCAUUUAUAUGGCCGUGCUGGAGGCUGUCAAGGCCAACACGCUCAAGGGGAUUAACGGGUGGGGGAGGAGGGGGAGGGAGUGGGGGACAGGGGGGUUGGGAGUGAUGGUCUGGGAUGAGGGAGUGGGGGAUUGGGGGAGGAGGGAGGGGAAAGGGAGGGCAGGAGGAGGAUUUCCAUGUUCUUCAUUCAUCCAACCUCCCGCCGUUUUCCCCUCCCGCCGUUUUCCCCUCCCACAAUCCUAUUCUCUUUCCCAUCUCUUCCGUCCCCCUGCCGCACUCUCCCUUCGUCCCAACCCGUCCCACCCUCGCACGUGCCGUUCUCCCUUAUCCCACCCGCUCCUCCCACUCGCCCAUCAUCAGAUCAGCUCUCGUCUCGUGGCACAGCAGGGCGACCUGCCACACCACGCCACCAGACCCGCACCCGCUGCACCAGGAGCGCCGCUAGCAGCUUCCACACCAGCAGCGGCAGCAGGAGCAGCAAGAGCAGGAGCGGCAGCGGCAGGAGGAGGGGCAGGGGCGGGGGCAGUGCGGUAUAAGGGGGGGAUUGACGCACUGGUGAUGAUACUGCGAACGGAGGGGCCGCGUGGGCUGUACCGUGGGUUUGGGUUGUCGGUGCUCACGUAUGCUCCCUCGGGGUUCAUCUGGUGGGGCACCUAUGGCGCCACGCAACGCCUGUUUUGGAGUUUGUACGACCAGUUGUGGGCACCAGCAGGCGGCGCAGCAGCAGCGCCCCCACUGGCGCUGGUGGUGGGCGUGCAGGUGGGGGGCGGCAUGUGUGCCGGGCUGGCGUCCGCCCUCGCCACCACCCCACUUGACACCGUCAAGACACGCAUUCAGGUGGGGCGCAGGAGCGGAGCAGCAGUGACAGUGGCCGCGGUGGUGAGGCAGCUAGUGGAGCAGGACGGGGUGAGAGGGCUGUACCGUGGCUUCGCCCCUCGCUGUGCCAGCACCAUGCUCUGGGGCACUGCCAUGGUCUCUACCUACGAGUACCUCA